AACGGAAUGCGUCCAUUAAUGGGGCCAGUUGAUUGGGGCAUCUUUAAAAUUAUUAAAAGAAAUUGCAAUAGAUGAGUAUUUCGGGUAUAAAUUGAAAUAAAAAACAGAGGCCUUUUUUAGUGUGUCGCGAGUAAACAAUGAACAUUUCGGUGAACACAUAAUUACUUGGUAUCGUAAAUGGAAGCGAUGGAAGCAGUUCAGCAAGGGCGAGCACAGGCCAUUGACAAGACCAAAGCCCUUCAACUAGUGCUCCUUCGAUGUCUUCUGCACGACGCUUACGAGUUUCGCACGAACGGCGACUACCUCGUACUAGACACCUCCGAUGAGACCGUCGCAAUUUACUUCCAUCUUGUUCCAGAACCCAAACCUCUUCAGCACGGCGACUUUAGCGAGGAAGGCGAAUUGAACUUCGCUCGAGCGGUCAGUGCGAGCACUAAGUAUUUUAUCUUUACUAACUGCCCGGUAGAUCAGCUUAAUUUUAAGGGUCGCGCGGACGACAAAUUCGGUUUUCUCAACCUGACGAAUUUACGCGAGCUCGCAACCGAACACUUGUAUCUCGAUCGGAUUCCUUCCGAUCUCGGCCCGAGUAUUACCGAAGCUCUACGAGAGUUUACUAGUCAGCGCGGCAUAAGCCGUUUCUUCUCCCAGUUGAUACUAAAUCGAUUUCGUUCGUAUUUAAAACUCGCACGAAGCUUUACACGGAAUGAUAUUAAAUUAGCUUUACUAGAAUUAUUCGUCGCUAGGUAUAAGGUGGAUUUGUUCUACGACACGCGGGUCAGUUACAGCGAGCUUUGGGCGGAUAUCACUCGCGAUUCGCCUUUGAUUGCGGUCGAGUCCGAGUUUGCUAGUGAGACGUUUUUGAAGUCGCACACCGCGGGAGUCAUCGCUAAGUUUGGAGAUUCGUCCGAGAUCGCCUAUCGCAACCUGUGGGUGUCGGGGGAGGUGGCGCUCUUAUUGUCGGCGCCCAGCUCGAAGGACCACCUGAAUGUUGUCAACAUUCUCAAGGCGUUUUCGGCCGGCGUGAAAGUGACGGUGUUGACAGUUUCUGGCCACGACACCGUGUUGCGCUUGAACGAGGAGCAGUCGAGUCGGUUACUGAAAUGCGACGCCAGCUUGCAAGGGAAGUCGACGUUUCGGCUCGGGGAGUUCGUGGACGAGUUGGUAUCGUUGAAGGCCAGCGAUGCCAUUCGGGUGAUUACCAACAAUUUAAUCGUCGAUUAUUGCUGCAAGAAACCGCCGGAGAAUUUCAUCGAGAGAUCCUAUGUCAAGGUGAUUAUUAGGCUCGAUGCCGUCGCCAGUUUGGUGGAGGAGACCUUCGUCGUGAAAGACGAGGUGGACGGUGUCAAUGUCUCACUGGGCGCUGUGGAGGGUUUGUCGAAUUUGGUCAUUGUAAAAGAGAGCCCGGUGGAUGCGUUAAUAGAAGCGAGAGAGACUGGUCGCCCCGUUCACCUCUUGGUGUCGAACGGUGAGAACUGGCUCGAGUGGAAGAGUUCGUGGGGGUGUUCCGACGGUAUUAAAAAAUUUGAUAUUUCGCAAGAGUUGAGGCUGGAGGGUGAUGUUGCGCAGUUGGCUAGGGACCGCGAGUGCACGGUGCGACUGCUUGCCAUGGAGGCGUCGAUGGGUAAGUCGACGGUUUUGGAUCAUUUAGCACUUUCCAUGACAGAUCGUUGGGUUCUUCGCGUGGAUUUAAACAGAUACCUAUCUGAAGAUUCUCGCAAAAUUGACCUGGUGGAUUUGUACAGGUUUUGCACGCAGAACAGCUCCGAAUUGGCGCAGCUUUUGUUUGGGAAAUUCGCCGACGCGAAGAACGCAGAGGUGCUCUUUGACAAUUACGAUCAGGCGGCUUUGAAUCAUUCGGACAAAGCGUUCGAGUUGCUUACGUCUUUGCAACAGAAGAACGUGGGCUUUUGGAUAAUAGCGAGUGGUAAAAAUGCUGGGAGAUUGGAGAAGCAGCUCGCUACGAUUGCGAUACCGCUGAAUUCAUUUAACGUACGAAAUUCGCGCGAUUUUCUCGCCAGGUACUUCGGUCAGUUUGCGGGGUCGCAGAAGGCCGAUGUGAACACGUUCGUUGAGACGCUGUUGCGUAUGCUUUGGAGGGAGAUCCAUGGCUUUCUCGAUUCCCCCUUGUACCUAACUCUCAUCGCCAACAUUUACAUGGAGGACUUCAAGCACUUUGUUUUGACUGGUGGGUUGAGGCUCGAAGAUAACUUUCAGUUGAUCAACUUUUUGGAAACCUUCACCACAGCGUACGUCAACUACUUGACAGACAAAUACGAUUUUUGUGAUAACAAAUUUUUCUCGCAUCGUCUUCCGAUGUUAGCUCUACACACUAUCUUCGAGCCGAGCGAUUUGGAAGCCUUGAAGGAGGACGUGCUGGCUGAAUUUGCGGAGGAAGGAAUUGUCGAGUGCAAAUUACCUCAUGCGAUUAUGGCCCAGUUUUUAUCUGCGAGGUGGAUGUACGAGAAUUUAUCGAGCAGGCGCAUUUUGGUCAGGGCUUUAAAUAAGAGGCGCUUUUCCGAUUUGAAUAUCUAUCAAGGCACCUUUACCAUGUUUGAUCAUCUGUUAGCUAAAGAUCUUCCGUUGCACACUACGCUCAUCCGAAGCAAACUGAAAUACGUCUCGACCGAAAACAGCGAUUUUAGUGCAACUGAUUUAGGGGGACGAAAUGCUGUGCACAUGGCCGCACUGUACGGUGUGUGCCAUCCCAGAACGAACAUCUUGCGCGGCAUCGAUCUCAACGACCAUCUGGUCACUAUCGUUACGUUAGCCGAUCGGAGUGUAAUCGAGGCGGAUGAUACGCUGUUGGGAUAUUCCGCUUUGGAUUACGCCCUAAGCAGUGGGUGCCUGGCCGUUGCCAACGCCAUAUGCGAAAAGUCCCCGCAAUUGGUCGGACGGAUUCACAUGGUCCCUACGCAGGUCGAAAGUUACAUCGCGUACUGCGUUCAAAUUGAACACUACGCGCACCUGUACAAAUCCUUGCUUAAGUACUUGAUUUGGCACAAAGUCGCGACCAGUCAAUUGAGAGAAAACAUGGAAGCUUACACGUUCUCCACCCAACUGGAACUCGAUGAGCUGACCCAGCAGACUGUGGAGACCUACAUCAGGAAUUUAGAAGUUACAUCCUUGAGCCAACUCAUAGAGAAGCUGGAGUUGAAGCAAGAGAACUCGCGAUAUUUCACUAACUUGCACCUUGCCGCCGCCUUCGGAUCGAAACAAAACAUACUCGACCUGUUGAAAGAGGGCGCUAAAAUCAAUAACCUUGGCAGUCGAUCGUUCACGCCGCUUCAUGCUGCAGUAAAUAACAAUCGAGCGGACAACGUCGACGCUCUUCUCGCGGCCAGGGCUAAGAUUAACGUGAUCGACCCCUUCGGAAACACAGCUUUACACCUGGCGUGCGCGAGGCGUAAUCCCGGGAUGGUCACGAAACUCAUGCGACGAGGCACCGACAUCAGCAUACAAAACGACGCAGGCGACACUCCGUUUCACCACGCGCUGAAGCACAGCUGUGAGCCGAGCGCGGAAUUGUUCCUUCCCGACAAAUACUACUCGCUCUUCUUCUCGCCCCAGACCAGCAUAUCACGCGAUGGCUGUCUCGACGUUAACCUACAAAACAACAAUGGCGACACGCCUCUGCUGCUCGCCCUGAAGCACGACUGCGGCGGAAUCGUGCGCGACCUCUUGGAGUACCACGCCGACGUCCACGCGAUCAACCAGUCAGGCAAUUCAUGUCUGCAUUACGCCGCAGAGGUCGACGAUUACAAGACCGCCUUAGAACUGAUCUACUAUCGCGUCAACCUCAACGGCGUUAACAGCGAAGGCCAAACUCCUCUGCUGAUCGCGCUCAAGUCUCUCCACGUGCGCAUCGCCAGGCUUCUACUUUCGAAAGGCGCCCACGUUGACGGUUGCGACAGCCUGGGCAUGACCUGUCUGCAUUACGCCGCCAAAACCGGCCUCAUGGAUCUGGUCGAGGUCAUUUUGGAUAAGGGAGCCGAAAUUAAUCGGCGGAGUAACGAGGGUGAGACUCCGUUGAGUCUCGCGCUGACGCGAAAGAGUGUCGAUAUCGUACUACUGCUGUUGAGGAGGGGCGCUGAUCCGAACAUUUCCGAUGGUAACGGCUGCAACGGAUUGCAUCGCGCCAUCGAAUGGAAGCUGACGAGCGCGGUCAAGGCGUUGGUGGAGCAUGGGUGCGACAUGAACCACAAGGAUAAUGAUGGCGAUGCUCCAUUGUUUACGGCCUUACGUCUUGAUGCGGUCGGUAUCGUCAAGCUCUUGCUGGCGAGAGGUGCCGAUGCAAGUGCCACCAAUGCGAGCGGUUCCACGUGUCUACACGUUGCCACAUCAUUUGUUACACUAAUGGAAGACUUCCUCAAAAUGGGGUUGGAUGUGAAUGCGGUGGAUAGUAAUGGCAAUACGCCACUGAUCAUCGCGUCACAAGAGCGUCGUACUGCAGUAAUGAACCUACUGAUCGCGAAUGGGGCCGACAUCCUCGCCGAAAGCAGGGAGGGGUACACCGUGCUUCACCACGCUGCGCGUUUCGGUUUGACUGACUUGAUUGUCGAUUUGCUGAACCGGGGAGCUGAGAUCAAUAAAAAAACCGUCACGGGUGAGACGCCAUUGUCGUUUCACAUCCGCGACUGGCAGCUGGAAGCGAUCACGACGAGGUUGCUACUCAAUCGAGGCGCUGAUAUAAACGUGAUCGACUUGGGAACCGGUAACUCUCUCCUACAUUCCGCCACAGAAAAGAGCAAUACUGGAGUGGUAGCCGCCCUGUUUAAGGCUGCGGUUGAUCUCGAGGCGCGAAACAACGAAGGAGAGACCGCGCUGCAUCUCGCCAUUAAACGCGAGCGCUUCGAGAUUACAAAGCUUUUGCUUGCGAAGGGAGCGAAUGUUAAUGGGCGUGAUAACGGCGGUGAUACUUGCCUGCAUAGCGCUGUAGCUGCUGAGAGCAGCGAGAUGGUGAUGGCGUUGCUCCAAGCCGGGGCUAAGACAGACGCGAUCGAUGGCAGUGGGGAAACUCCUGUUAGCAAAGCGCAUAGGUUGGGAUAUUCCGGCAUUGUAAACCUGUUACUGAAAAAAGCCGAAAUGACGAACGUGGAGCUGCUGUCGGCUGUUACGAAAGGAGAACCGUACACGGUUAGGAAACUCAUCGAGGAAGGUGUUGAUAUCAACAUGCGAGACGAGAGUGGCAAUACACCGCUUCUGCUCGCGCUUCACAACUGCAAUCUAGCGAUUUCUGACUUUCUUCUGUCGAAAGGGGCUGAUGUUACCGUGUCUAACAAUGACGGUGACACUCCUUUACAUUACGCAACCGACAUUGGAGAUAUACAAAUUGUCCGGAAAGUCCUCGGAGGGGGAUGUGAUAUUGAUGCCGUUAACAGUGAUAAUGAUUCGGCUCUUAUGCGCGCUAUAGACGGGUAUCAUUUCCACAUCGCACGUCUACUGCUCGAGCGCAACGCGAAAGUAGAGCUACCUGCGCACAAUCGGAAAGGAUCGUGUCUUCACGUGGCUUGCGAGUAUAGCUCUGAAGACCUUACUGCGCAGCUAAUCAACGCAGGUCUUGACCCCGACCAGUUCGGUAAUUGUGGAAUGACGCCGCUAAUUCAAGCGCUCACGAGGCGGCACAGGCGGAUCGCUCUAAGUCUUAUUGAACGCGGCGUCGACCUCAACGUUAUGAGCGAUUACGGAGACUCUGCUCUUUCAUUAGCCGUCAUUUAUCAGUACUGUGACGUCAUCGCCCUACUAAUAGAGAAAGGGGCGCUGCUGGAUUACUGGGACGAUAACGCCGGUUCCCCAUUAAAAACCGCGAUCUCCAACGAAAAACGGGAGGCCGCUAAACUGCUACUCUCCCGUGGAUGUAACGUUCACCUGGGGAACGCAUCGGAAGGAUACCCCUUGCACGCCGCGGCAGCUGGCGACUUGCACGAUUUCAUCUCGAUUAUCUUAGAUAACGGUUUCGAUGUCGACAAGAAAGGAAGCGAAGAAACCGCACUCUUGAUAGCAACCGAUAGAGGCAACUACGCUUCCACAACGACCUUGAUAUCAAACGGCGCCUCCGUAGAUGUCUACAGUUACAACUUCACCUCAAUUCUCUGCUUCGCAGCCAAGAACGGAUGGGAAGAAAUGGUCGAAGAUCUCAUAAAAAACGGCGCAGACAUUCAUCACAAAAACCAAGAUAACGAGACGCCUCUUCAUUUCGCGCUACGCGAACCAAGGGUUAACGUCGUGAAAUUGCUGUUCAAGGCGAUACUCGCGCACGACCCCAAGGACGGCAACCUGAACUACCUUCAUCUGGCGGCGGAAUUUGGCGACAACCAAAUCGUGUCCGAACUCCUGAAGAAGGGUUUCGAGAUCAAUAAGCAGAACGACUACGGCGAAACUCCGCUACUGCUCGCGUUGCAUUACGAAAAACUGAGUACCGCCAAGCUUUUGCUCGCGAAUGGAGCGGAUCGUAACGUCGUCGGUUACGGAGACGCCCUCCCCUGUUUCCAAUCCUUCGUCCGUUUCGGCUGGGACGAUAUGGUGCUGAGUAUGCUGGAGGAGGGCUUCGACGUCAACACCAAAUCGUACCAGGGUUUCACCCCCUUGCACGUUGCCAUCCAAAACGGAAACGUCUCCACCAUCACGCUUUUGCUGGCACAUGGUGCUGACCCGACCGUGCCGAGCGCAUGCAACGCCACGCCACUGGAGCAGUGCAUCCGCUACCGCUGCAGCAAGCGAACCCUCAAAGCCUUCCUGGAGAAAAUCGACCCGAGUAAAAGCCAAAAGUGCGUGAAUUAUGCCGCGUUUUUAGCAGUCGAUUAUAACUACUCGGACCUGCUGGAGGUUCUCAUCGAUUUCGGCGUUGGCAACUACGAAAACAAUUACGGACACAGCACCCUUUCUAACGCCGUAAAAAAUCGUUACUACAGUGUGGUGCGGCAUGUGCUGGACAGAAAUGGAGACGUUGACGACCAGAACUCGUCAGGCGUAAGUCUCUUAAUGAUCGCCGUGAAAUCUGGCGACGUUGACAUGGCAAAGUUGCUACUGGAGCGGGGCGCCGAUGUCACCGUAGCCAAUUAUGAAGGGGAUACGUGUUUACAUCUCGCCGCCUGCGACACCGAAGAAAUGCUCACGUUGUUCCUGGACCGGGGCAACUUGGAAGCGAGAAACCUGUCAGGUUUGACGCCUCUAAUGUUCGCACUGAAGUCGUUCAGGCAUUCGGCUCGGCUGUUGAUUUCAUCAGGUGCCGAUAUACUCACCGAAGACUUCAUGGGCAACACUUGCCUGCACAAUGCCGCCUGGGCUGGGGACGAGGAAAUGGUGACGUUUUUUUUGGAGAGCGGACUCGAUAUGCACCAAAGGAAUGCCGAAGGUGACGAUUGCUUAGACAUGGCUAUCAACAACGGGUCUCUAAGCGUCGCGAAACUGCUGAUCACUUACGGAGCGGAUCCCAACCAGGCGAACCGCUACGGCGAGACUUGUCUGUUAAAAGCCAUCGAGGCGGAGAGCGAACUGGUCGCCGACUUUCUCGCGAGAGAUGUCGAUGUUAACUGUCAGAGAAACGACGGUCACACUCCAUUUACCCAGGCGCUCGAAAGGUACAAUACAGACCACGCGAAACUGUUGCUGGCGAAAAACGCCGACGUUAGCGUGCGAAACCGUCAAGGUACGAACUUGCACUACGCCAUCACGCAAGGUAUCGACAUCGUCGACGCGUUACUUGAUCUCGGCGUGGACGAGCAAGACGACAAGGGCAACACUCCGCUGCUUCUCGCCGUUAAAUCCGGCGAGCUCGAGACUGCCAAGCUCCUCCUGGAGAAAGGCGCAGAUGUGCGCGUCAAAAACAACGAGUACAACACCUGCCUGCAUUACGCGACCUAUCACUCUGAUGUAGAGCUUCUGCAAAUGUUCCUUGGGAAAGGCAUCGACAUAAACUGCAGCAACCUACUCGGCGAGACCCCCCUACUCAAAGCACUGAAGGAUGGCAAAUUAGACCACGCCAAAAUACUGCUCGGUGAAGGUGCCGAUUGUAACGUCGUCGACAAUGAGAACGGCUCCUGUUUGGUGUACUGUGCCCAGUACGGCUUCGACGAACUGCUCGCCGACUUAAUCUCGAAAGGGCAUGACGUUAACCGAGCAUACUCCGAAGGCACUCCGCUUCAGAUGGCCUUCUAUGGAAGACAGGCAGGCGCAGUCAAAUUGCUGCUCGCAAAUGGUGCGGACAUCCACUCCUGCACUUCCUAUUACGCAUCCUGGGUAGACCAUGUCAUCGCACUUGAAGACCUUGAAAUACUACAUACUAUACUCGCACAAGGAAUCGAUGUAAACACCCGAAUAUCACGAAGCGAACCCCUACUCAAUACAGCUCUGAAAGAGGAGUGCAGGGCUAUGGUCGAUUUUUUAAUAGCAACAGGGGCAAGUACUCGUUUUGUCAACUAUGCCACGGGAGACUCCUGUUUGCACCACGCAGUACUUGCAGGAUACGAGGAUAUCGUGGGCAAUCUCUUGGAUGAAGGUCUCGACAUCGACCGCGAAAAUAACCAGCGCGAAACGCCGCUACGCGUCGCUUUAGUCGAUAAUAAAUGCGCUAUGGCAAAGUUGCUGCUUUCACGCGGCGCUUCGGUUGACGAGGGUAACUUUCGCGACUCCUACCUCCACCAUGCGGUCAAGCUGGGUGACGACUCUCUGGUUCUCGACCUGAUAACUAAGGGAUGCGAGCUAAACGCGCGCAACUGUGACGGCCAUACGCCGCUAUCUCUCGCGGUGUUGGCAAACAACGUCGCCAUGGUGAAUCUACUUCUUGAGCAGGGGGCCGAUUUCGCCGUGAGAGAUAAGGGGGGUCGUAAUUUGUUGUAUACAGCGAAAAGUGUCGAUGCCAAUGAACUUGCCGAUCGGUUUGUUAAUCUUGGACUUGCAUAUGAGAAGUUCUAAGAUAUUGUAAUUGCUCUGUGAUAAUUUGUACCUACAUUUAUUUUAAAGCUGUCUAUUAUUGUUAAAGUGCCUAAUCACUGUUAAUCGUAUAGCAAUGGAUAUUCCAACCAUUCGCGUUUUAAGAGAUUUAUUUACUAAAUCCUUUUUUAUUGUUGUGCCAAGUUUUGCAAUUGUUUUUAAUUGUGUUUCUAAAUAAAUAUAUAACAAAUAUCGAUUAGAAUGAAAUAAAUCAGAAAGGAUCCCACAAUAGACUCAGAAUUCAAGUAGUUGUACAAUCUAGGAGAAUUCUAAAAAUGUCAAGUAAAGAAUUGAAGAAUACAGUAGGAUUUCAUGGAUCUGAGAAGCCGAAAAAUAUGCAAAAGAGGGAAAAAUUGAAGAUAGAAAGGAAGUAUCUAACACAUUCGAUGAAAUUGGAGCAUUGGAAAAAAGCUAAAGGAUCUGUUUCGAAGAAACGCAAGCAUAGAACAAUCCAAAAAUGAGCAUCCGAAGAACCAAAAGAAUAGCAAAAUGUCAAAAGUCUGACGAACA